UUCGCAUGUUGUUGUUGCUGUCAAAACUACUACGCAAAGCCCCCCGCCCUCUCGCUCUCUAAAUCUCUCUCCCUCUCUCUCUCUCUCUAAUCUCUCUCUCCCUCUCUCUCUGAUCUCUCUCUCCCUCUCUCUCUCGUGCAUACUCCCGUUCCUAUAUCUCUAAGAAUAAAUGUACGUAUCUGUCAUCUCCCUUCUUUAAUUCGCAUUCCCACCUUUUAUUUUCAUAUCUAUCUUAAAAUCUCUAAGCCCCCCUUGUGUUGUGUGUGUGCCUAUAUAAACCUAUCUCAUACAUUGCAUUGUGUACAUGGUUUGCAUUCUCUGCCCUCUUUCUCUCUGUGGUCUUUGCUACUUGUAGGGUUGCAAGAUUCUGAAUUUUGCAACAAAUUGAAGGACUACUUAGUUUUGAUAAUCUUUUGGAAGUUAAGUGUGGUAAUCAUUUUUAAUGGACUCGAGUACUCGUAACGAAAUAGAAGAGGUUCCUGAAACUCAAAAGUCAGAAAUUGAAGAGGAGGUUUGUUCGAAGGUGAAUGUUCCAGAUGAACAAAAGGAGCUUCCGGAGACUAAAAAGUCAGAAAUUCAAGAGGGGGGUGGUUUGAAGGUAAAUGCCACAGAUGAAAAAGAAGAGGUUCCGACAACUGAAAAGUCGGAAAUUCAAGAGGAGGGUAGUUCGAUGGUGAAUGCCACAGCUAGUGCAAUCCCGGACAAUGUGUCAGGGAAGGCUCCAGGAAGUAUUAGUAGCAAAGACAAGAUUUUCAGAGCUGAUAAGAUUGAUCUAAAAAGCCUCGAUAUUCAGCUCGAGAGGCAUUUGAGCCGUGCUUGGUCGUCUAAGAAAGUGGAUCCGCAAAAGCCUAAGGAAAUUUGGGAGAUUGAUUUAGCGAAGUUGGAUAUAAAACGUCUUGUGGCUAGGGGAACAUAUGGUACAAUAUAUCGUGGUACCUAUGAUAACCAAGAUGUUGCAGUGAAAGUGUUAGAUUGGGGAGAGGAUGGCAUGGCCACUACAGCUGAAACUGCUUCUCUUAGAGCAUCAUUUCGACAAGAGGUUGCUGUUUGGCACCAGCUAGACCAUCCAAAUGUCACAAAGUUUAUUGGUGCCUCGAUGGGAACGUCAGAUCUGAAGAUUCCUAAUACACCCUCUUCGUCAAGCGGAGCAUUAGCCGACCUUCCUGCAAGGGCGUGCUGUGUUGUCGUGGAAUACGUUCCAGGAGGAACUUUGAAAAGCUUACUAUUCAAAAAUAGGAAGAAGAAACUUGCUUUUAAAGUUGUUGUCCAGCUUGCAUUGGAUCUAGCUAGAGGAUUGAGUUAUUUACAUUCGAAGAAGAUUGUGCAUCGAGAUGUCAAGGCUGAAAACAUGUUGUUAGACUAUCAGCGAAACUUAAAAAUCGCUGAUUUUGGUGUUGCUAGGGUUGAAGCACAAAAUCCCAAGGAUAUGACAGGAGAAACUGGGACGCUUGGAUACAUGGCACCAGAGGUUCUCGACGGAAAGCCAUACAACAGAAAGUGUGACGUGUACAGCUUUGGUGUAUGCUUAUGGGAAAUAUAUUGCUGUGAUCUUCCCUAUGUAAACCUUAGCUUUGCUGAAGUUUCAUCUGCUGUUGUCCGAUUGAAUCUGCGUCCUGAUAUUCCCCGAUGCUGCCCGAGUUCAUUUGCAAGCAUUAUGAAGAAAUGUUGGGAUGCCAAUCCUCAGAAACGUCCUGAGAUGGAGGAGGUCGUGAGGCUGCUGGAAGCAAUUGAUACCAGCAAGGGAGGAGGGAUGAUCCCGGAAGACCAAGCUAGCGGAUGUUUUUGCUUUGCUCCCAUGCGAGGUCCCUGAAACGGACCAUAUGCCGUCCAUCCAUUAUCAGUCCAGUGCAUACAGAGAAAGUGUGCCUUUUCUUUUUUUAAUGGAUUUAGUAAAAUGUUGGUCCCUAGGAGAUUUCCGAAUGUUUUUUUUUCCAAUAUUUUCUGAAUGUUACUUGCAACUACUUAAAACUAGUUCUUUUACUUUUGUCUUUGUGGAUGAAUGUUGAAACUUGAAAGAUGUAAAAAAAUGGCUUUAGAGCCU